CCCGGGCACCCGAUAUGCUUAAGACGGCUCUGAUACCCAGUCACCUUCACAUGUUUGCAAUGGCCAUUGGUUUUUAGCCAAUGAAACUUGACUUGACUUGUGCACGUUGAGUGAGAGAAGAAGCACAGGCUGGUUCCCAGCUCCUUAACUGGCUGCAAUUCAGAUCCCAGUGUACAAAAAUGGGUUUGGAAACUCUGCAGAUCUCAUCUGAUCUCAUGCCAUCUAGUGGUGAUUCUGAAUAGCGGUCGUAUAUACUCCACUAAUAUCGGACACGUCCAUGUUGUGUUUGUGCAAUAUUCAGAAGUGCCAACAAUGUUCCUGGAUGACAACAUUAACCGUGUACAUGCUUGUAAGCUUUGACACAAGUGUAUUCUGUUGUAAAUCGUGUCAUUCAUGGAAAAAAUGCUGUGAUAUUGUGAUAUUGAUGAUACAUUUUGUGGAAGGACUGUAGUUCAACUUCCAGCAUUUCCAGGGAGAGAUGGACAAGAGUCCUGUCUGAAACUCAGGACAGCCUCUGUCAGACAGUGUUACUGAGUCCAAUACACCAGUAGCCUGACCCACAGCUUUCUAUGUCCCAUAUUCAUCUUUUCACCAAACCUUUGGAUUAAAUCCAUUCUCGGUUUGAAGGUAUGACUGCACUUAUUAAGUUCUUUUGUCCUUUAUGUAACCAGUAUCAAAUCCACCCUCCCAUUUUGGUAAAUGAGUCUUUGUGACUUGGAAAAAGCUCUUUAAUGUUUAUCCAUGAAGACUUUUCCUUUAAAUGUGACCUUUAAGUGGGAGAAAUCACGCUGAAUGCCUUUUUAAAUUUCUCAUUAGCACCUGCAGAUCUGCGUGUGGAAUUCUGAUACCUUCAAACUGAGCAUUGAUACUUGCUGAUGUGAUGGCAUUGUGCAAGAUGAGAGAUGCAAAAUAGGCAAAACCUUAUGCUUUGAUGUGCAACAAACAGCAUGCCGUUCCUCUAUCAAAUGUUGGCUGCAGCUUUUGUUCAGGUCUUCAUAGUCUCCAAUAAUUGGAUUCUAGCCAAGAACAUCAACUUCCAUAAUGUGAGACUUCCAGUAGACCCUACUCCAUUUCCAAGCAGCUUCAAGUGUUUUACAUGUGACAAUGUGGUUGACAAUUACAACUGUAACAGAUGGGCUGAAGACAAAUGGUGCCCGCAGAACACAGAGUACUGCUUGACAGUCCACCACUUCACCAGUCAUGGAAGGAGCACCUCUGUCACUAAAAAAUGUGCUACCAGAGAAGAGUGCCGUUUUGUUGGAUGUCGCCACCACAGGGAAACUAGUCACACUGAAUGCAUCUCUUGCUGUGAAGGGAUGAUCUGCAAUGUAGACAUACCAACAAAUCAUACUAAUGCGGUAUUUGCAGUUGUCCAUGCUCGGAGGACAUCAGGCGGCAGCAGACAGGCUGCUAGUAUCCUGUUGCUGGUUUCAAUCACCACCAUUUUUGUUUUGUGACAUGACUCUUUCUGUCAAGCAGAAUUAAUUUGUCACUUGGAGCUGUAUGAAGACUGUCUCUCAGAAGGUGACCAGUGCUACUUUUCUAGAAAAAGAGGUGCCGGAACUCACCAUGAAUGACUCCCUCGUCCUCUUAUAAUGGCAAUGGCAUCCACCUGAGAUGGUAACAAAGAAGAAGAAUCCUCUGACAUCUACUAAACAAAGAAAAAAUAUAGAAUGGUGCUGUGUUCUGUUGUUUUUGAAGAGUGCUGCCUUUACUGUGAAGACACCAGCAGAUGCUUGUUCAAAGUAUUAAGAAGACCAAACACGAUGACCAAAUGUUGUUGACUUGGCUAGUUACUGGAAUUCUAGUCAGUGGAAGAGUUUCUGGUUGAUAGGAGAAUUUGUACAUUUUGCAUAUUAUCUUAAUAAGGAAUUGUUCUUUCCCCCCUCUGAUAUGGAGGUUAAGCAUUGAACCGUCAUGUCUAUUUCCCCCCCUAAUAUUGCUUUUAAGAAUAAAUAGUCAAUUUGAUGACGAUGAGUCUUUAAAACGGAUGAAGCGGUGUGGUAAAACAUCUGGUAAAACAUCCUAUUUAUUGGGACAUCAAGCCAUACCACAGCAAUAAAAUGUGAAUUACAUGGUUUUUCUCUUGCUACAUCAGUUCUUCAAUAAUAAACUAUGGAAAAUUCAUGGAGGAAUCUAUGUAAUUACAGAUAGGUAUCAGUGCUCAAUACAAACGUCUCUGUGUGAGGCUGGAAAAGACUCUUGUCCGAAAUCUUGGAGAGCAGUUGCUACUCAGUGUAGACAGUUACUGAGCUAGAUGGAGCAGUGGUCUGACUCAGUUUACUAGGUUUCUUCCUGCAACUGUGGUUUGGAAAUUCAGAUAUCAUAGUCGGCACAAACCUUGGUUUUGCAAGCCUAUUUCUAAUUUUAAAAAAGCACUUAAAGCCUUUAGUUUAGAUCAGGGGUCCCCAAACUAAGGCCCGGGGGCUGGAUGCGGUCCACUUGCCUUUUCAAUCCGGCCCGCGGACGGUCUGGGAAUCAGCAUGUUUUUACAUGAGUAGAAUGUGUCCUCUUAUUUAAAAUGCAUCUCUGGAUUAUUUGUGGGGCAUAGGAAUUUGUUCAUAUUUUUUUUCAAAAUAUAGUCCGGCCCCCCACAAGGUCUGAGGGACAGUGGAACGGCCCCCUGCUGAAAAAGUUUGCUGACCCCUCGUUUAGAUCCUGCCACUAGUUCAGCACAAUAGUCAAGAAACAAAGGGGAAACAGAAACAGUUUGGAUGUGGCCAAUGAACCCACACUGGAUGGAGGCCACCAGUAUCCUUUAGCAUUACAAACGAGCGUAUGAAUUACUUGGAAACCUAUACAGCUAGUGAGAAAGCAUUUAAUACACCUGAAAUUUUUGUAGCUUAGCAAAACCUAUUGUGCUCUUCCCCCCCACCCCCAAUUGUUUUCAAUGUGUGUAACUUGUCUGGAUCUUUUUCAUCAUGACCUUACAGAACAUAAUUAGCAAUAUUAUACAGUAGAAACAAAACAAAACCCCAAGGUCCUGUAGGUCAUUCCUCAUCAGUGCACAAUAGUUUCCUCUUGUAAAAUUUGCAAGUAGGCCUUCAUGGUUCCUCCCCCCUCCUCCUUUUGGAGGGGGCAGCUUUAUUCAGUCACCCUGUGGAU